UCAAAACAGGCCAGAAAACAGAAUGUUUUGUAGAAAGCAGGACAGACUGCCUUUACUUUCCACCCUCCAAGUAGCAAUGGGGAAAGUUAAGCCUUGUAUCUCCUAACCUCACACACUUUGAGGUUAUAAAAAACCCUAACUUAAGGCAUAACAGAAACAUUAAGACAUUGUAUGCAUUCCCUUCCACACAUAAGCUGGGCAUCCUGGUUUCAGCCGCUGCUGGAGCACAGACGUUGGCUUAGCGGACACCUGCAGGACGGACAUCAAGCCGCGGCUCCACUCCGUGCCCAGAACCGAAGCUCUGCGGCUUUAAGAGCCGCCGAUGCUCUGCCUCCUCCCGCCGCAGGCUCUGCAGAGCCCCCCCACCCCCAGCGAGGCCGGGCACCAAAGGGGAGCAUGGGAGGGGGAUGGAAGCGGCCCGGCUGCUCGGGGGCAGCGGGGCAAAGUAUGAAACGCCCGACACCAGAAAUCAGAUAAGGAGCGCCGUCUCAGCAAGGACCCAGCAAGAAGCAGCUCCAAUUAAGAGAAUGGACAAAGAUGCAGAAGCGUUGCAGGCAGCCAGAGCAGAACUGAGCGAGGCCCGGCGGCAGUGGCACCACAUGCAGAGCGAGAUUGAAUCCCUGCAUGCUGUGGAAAAGGGUUUGGAGCGCUCGCUGCGUGUCACAGAGCAGCAGUACCACAUGCAGCUACAGAACUUAGAGGCGGAGAUUGAAUGCUUGGAGAAAGACCUGCAGGAAGUGAGGAGAGGCAUUGAGAAACAGCUGCGAGAGCACGAAAUUCUCCUGAACACCAGGAUGAAACUGGAGGAGGAGAUAGCAACGUACCGCAGCCUGCUGGAGCAAGAAGAGAACAGGUACUGCUGCUCCACACCCGAGCAGAAGGGCAGGAAGCCCAACCUCAACACGACCACCUUCACACUGCCUGCAGAUGGUGUAAAGAAGCACGAAACUGAGAAGAUGGAGUUGAUGACAAAACAAGCAGUCCUAGAAGGAAAUAUUAUGAAGCAAAGUGCUGAAGCUCAUGGCACUAUAAAGACAGAAAAAGUGGAUGAAGUCAUUAAGCAAUGGGAAGGCUCUUUCUUCAAGGACAACCCGCGCUUAAGGAAGAAAUCCGUUUCGCUGCGCUUUGACCUGCACCUGGCAGCAGCUGAGGAAGGAUGCAAACCCAGCCAGCAGAAAGCCCUGCCAGCCAUCGAGGUCAGGCUGGUGAUGAGGCGCUCAUGCAGCAUUCCCUCCAUCCAACCAUAGCGCUCAGCACAGCAGGCCAGAACCUCCUGCCACUGCUACGGAACCACGCCUGGACCUGCACACAGCACGACGUACGUGUGUCUUCAACGAGGGAGAAGAGCAGGAGAGUCAGAUCCCAGGAAGCCUGACUGCUACCAGUUUUAUACUCUGGGUACAGACCAUCAUUCUCUCAUUACUGUUGUUUUGUAGUACUUCUCCAAACAUUAAAAGAAUUAAACUGUAACUUUAUACUUCGGCAAGAGAACUCUGGGAAUGAGAGCCACAUAUUUCAUUCUCUUCUUCAAUACUCCAUAUGCAUAUUGGUUGAUGAACCCUUGGAAUGAUUUCUAUCAUAAUUGUCAUACUUGAUAUAUAUUUUAAAACACUUUCUAAUAGAAAAAAAAAAAAGUGACGUGCAACAAUGCUCUUAAAACACAUAAGGUAUUAACCAACAAUUUUCUUUUAAAAGUGAAUAGUAUUUUUAAGUCCUUUUUAGGCAGCAACCGAGCAAAAAUGUCUCUCCCCUAUAACUAUGGACACAUUUCUCAGCAGUGCCAUUACAAACAGAUAACACUGAGCUGUAUGGUUCUGCUGCUUCUGAAGCAGGGAUUCCCACUGAAAAUCAGUCACUCUCUUUGUUGUCCACAUGCAUCUGCAAAACGACUCCCAACCAUAUUGAGAAUCAUAUCCUCUAACUGUUCAAAUUUAAGGAGUCAAGCAUCCAUUUUUAAUACUGAUAUUUAAUUCAUUUUGUGAGUAGUUGCAAUGUGAAUUUAAAUACCUUCAACAGAUUCCUCUUCUGACAAAUCCUGUAGGUAGAACAGGCCCCUGAUCCAGCACACAGCAGAUCACUGAGCUGCCAGGUCACGGCCACUGGCUUCAGUGGGACGGACAAAGUAAGGGCUGCGUAUGCUGAGUCAGACCCUGCCACACACAUUAAGUGCCCCUGAGGCACCACGUAGUGCAGUGGGCACAUACACAGCAGGGCUGGUAGUCCUGCACCUGUACACGGACAGAAACCAGAAAUGGAACUCCAACGUGCUUUAUGAGACCACGGGACAAACUUCAAAAGAAACAGAGUAAGGACGUUUGUUACAAGGAUUUAAAGAGGUAACUCUUAAAAUCAGAAACUCCUGCUGGGAUCACUGGAACUAUGGGGGCUCAAAACGAGAAAACACACAGACAGAAUCUGCGGGAUCCAAAGCAGCGGGAAACAACUGACUGCAGUGUCAGUGAGUGCCAUAUGACUUAAGGCAUGUGUUACAGGAUUGGUACCACAAAGUCCUCCACCGUUCAGUUAUGCUUCUGUCUUUUAUCAGUGGCAAGAACAAUGCAAUGUUUACGUCGCCCACGUCUCUAUCUACUAUAUAAAGCUGGCUAAUUAUCAUUAACCUUAAAACUGAUCUGGUGUUGUUAAUACCUGAGUAGUUGGCAUCCUGAAUGUAACAGCCUCUCCUGACUAUGCAGCUUUUUUUUGUGUUAUACUCUAUAUUUUACAAUACUUGAAUUUAAACUAAGUUUUAAUUGCUUUAAGGCACUUUAAACAGGGAUACAAACUUACCAAAGUAAAUAGCAGUACAACAAUAAAAAUAAUAAAAUGCAGUUUGCCCAUGUCUGCUUUGUGAGCUUCAGUGUGUCUGUCUUGAGAGGGUCUGGGUGGCAGACAACACAAACUAAAGCCAUAGGUAAGAAAAUCCGCAGCACUGCAUCCGAGCACUUUGCAAAGCUCUCUGCAGUGUAACUCCAACUCCCCGAGGACCUCUACCAACACGUGGAAGAUGUGUGUCCUCCUACUAGAAAAUCUGCUGCUAAUUCCAACCAACCUGACAAGGUCUCUGCAUGAGUGCCACACAAGGAGCAGAUGAUGGCAUCUGGCUUACAAAGCGAUGAUCUAAAAGAUAAGCUGGCUGGCGAAGGUAAAGAGCAAAUAAACACGUACAGAAACUUGGUUGAACACAUAUACCUUACAGCUCCUCUCACGCAGGCAGAGCUUGCACAGGCACAUCGCCAUUAACAUACACACGGAAGCCCUGGCAGCUCCACAGUAACCAAAAAUGGAAUAACUUUACUCAGAGACAUAUUUUUUCUUUGGCCAGUGAGCACCCGGCUCAUUCUUGGACCCCCAGUACUCAGUAUUUGGGGUUUCUCUUCCUCAGUCUAACUCCAAAUGUCUUCCCUUGUGACACAAAGCUCAGCAGCACAGUACAGAGCACAGACCCGGCCUUAAUCUUGCAGUAGUAUCUAAACAUUAUUUUAGAAUAUUGAUAUUAUUGUGCAUCUACAUUAGUCACUCUCAUGUGGGAAGCUUAAGCAACCAGAAAAAAUGUUGCCCUUAAUUGUGCACAUUACAUCAUCCACACACCUGACCUCACCAUUUCUGAAGCCAUCUUAGUACAGCAGCAGCAGCACAAACACAUCCUGAGCUACCCUGCAGUGAGAGCUGUAAUCCAUCCACACAGCUGUAACACUCAGCUCAACAGCCCCUAAAACACACAGCUUCUGACUGAAGCUGGAAACCAGCCGUACUAACUCAGCUGUACGGUUUUAUGACCAUGAAACCUGAGGCUAAAAGAAAAAAAAGAAAAACACUGCAGCACACAGUAAUAGCUGGGUUACUACAGCCCUGCAGGCAGCCCACCCUUCUCUGAUCAAAGGGCUGACUGCCUGACACAGAAUUCCUCAGCCGUAUCAAGAACUGCUGCUACUCUCAAACCAAUUCAAGUAUGCACCCUGGUUUUAACUGCAUUUUCACCCCCUACAGAACCUCUGCAAGUAUCUUUUAAGUUACCUACAAAAUUGCUCUUUUCAAAUUUGAAGAGCUUCCUUUGUUUGUUCAUAAACUACCCAAACCUCCACAGGUGUCAGUGUGAACUACAGGAGGGUGUGCAUGGGCACAAGAAGAACUCACAGCAACAUCACACCCUGAGCACACAUCAGCACCAGGCUGAAUCCAAACCAACAGCGCUGCAGAUGGACCUCACUGCUGGGCUGAGCACCACAGCUCCUUACCUGCAAACACCUGGUAGAAGAAUUAGCUUCCUUGUCUCUAAUGAAUAUAUGUCCUUGUUACAAACCUUAAAAAACUGUUGCUAAUUGAAACAGUUGGAUAAGAAGGCAAACAUUUAGAGCUCCUGACCUAAAUGAUCCAGUACAAACAAACGUUUUACACCAGUAAGAGUACAUAUGCCAUGCAGUAAGCUGAAAAUUGAA